AGACGGGGAUCCUGAAGAGGCGAUGGGAUUGGAUGUUUUCACAAGUUCGUGGUUAAGAAGAGAUGUUCAGGUGCAGGGUGAAAGCAUGGAAGGUGAUAAGCAUGGGUUACAAAAGGAAAUUGUGUCUAGGUAGAAAGAAGAUCUUAUAGUUGGGAUAGAUCACUGAAAAAUGGACCCAGAGAAGCUAGGAUACUGUAGCUUUUGGGGAUACAAAAUUCAGCCAUAUGUGCAAAUAUGAGGGUAUAGGGACAGGAAGUUUAGGGAUGGGGAUAUGAGUUCUCGGAGAUGGGGAAAUAGUGUUGUGGGGCUGGGAGGCAGCGGGGAUGGGACAGCGUGGAGUUCUGGCACUGCCUGCACCCUCCUGCCUGAGAGGGAAAAAAUUCCAGCGCUGUCCUCCCACCACCGUCCUCAGGGAACCCUGCUGUCCGACCGCCCCGUCCGGGGCACCGGGGCCACAGCCCUCCCUCCAGGCCUGUCCCAGCUCCAGUGCUGCAGCCACGUGUCCAGGCUGGGCUAUAAUUACCCACACACAUUCCUGGGGGGUCACAGGAGCGUCCCAGAGCUGCAGCGGGCGGUAAGGUGGGAUGAGCGCGCGGUCGCAGCGCAGUGCGCAGCACAGCAGUGCAGGACGUGGCACGCGGCACACAAAGGACACACAGCACUGUGUGAUGUGUGGGGAACUCCAUGCACUGCAUGGGGACGGGGACGGCAGGGUCAGCACAGUGCAGAGCAGCCACCACGCGUGGUUUGUGGUGUGUGGCACCAGUGGGAUGGAGUGAUGGCUCUGAGGGGAGCUGGGCUGGCAGUGGUGGUGGUGUAGGUGGUGGUGGUGAUGGAGCAGAGGUGGUUGUGAGCGUGGGGCAGCAGCUGGGGGGAAGGGAUGAUGGGGGACGCUGGGCUGUGGGCUCUGGCUUUCAGACAGAUUGGCUGUGUGCCUAUAAUUUCAUCCUGUGCUGUGCAGUAGAGGGUUGAGCACUGAGGCAUGUGGGGGGCAUCCAACUCAGCUAAGGAACGGGAAAAGCCUGCAGGUCUCAUCUGUCUUGGCAAGAGGCAUCAAGUUCAACUGUGGGGCAGUAGCAGAGCGUGGUGGUCUCAAGCCCUUGGCAAUGGAUCCGGUGUUUUUUGCCAUGGGGCAGAGCCAACAGCAGCUCCGUGUGCCCAUCCAGGACAACCUGACUGUGGGGAUGGCACCCUGACCUCAUUCCACGUGUUCCCACAGGCAAGAUGUGGGUCACGGAGGGGCCAGCCCCAGCCCAGUGGCACCUGCGGGAUGGGGCCCACGCCAGACACUUCCUGGCCAUGGCCAAUGACCUCCGCACCGCGGGACAGCUGGUGGAUGUGGCUGUGGGCCCCGAGGGUGACGUGGCCCAUGCUGUGGUCUUAGCCUCCGUCAGCUCCUUCUUCCUAUGUUUCCUGGAGGACAGGACCCGAGAGAUGUGCCGGGGACCCCCAUCUCAUGUCCCCCUGCCACCAGGGGUCACACUCUGGGGCUGGCGGGCCCUCCUGGCCUUUGCCUAUGAGGGAACUGUGCCCCACGGCAGGGAGAGGGAGGUGGAAGAGUCCGCUCGUGUUCUGGGGGCUCCACGAGUGGUGGCUGCCUGCACACCCCGGCUGGAGAGCGACCACCAGGAAGGGGGUCCUGAGGCCCUGGAGGAGCAGUGGGAAACACUAAGAGCCAUGGAGCAGCUCCACGCCAGCGGCCUGGGCUGUGACCUCCAGCUGCAGGCAGGGGAUGAAGUCAUCCCAGUUCAGCGGCUGGCCCUGAGCUGCUCCUGUGACUUCUUCCGGGCUCUCUUUACUUGCCCCAUGAGGGAGUCGACCCACGACCCCACAGCCCCGCUGAGCACAGGACUGACCCCCAUGGAGCUGCGCCUCCUCCUCUCCUUUGCCUACACGGGGGCUGUGGUCGGGCCGUGGUCCGCGGUCCUGGAGGCAGCUGAGACCUCCCUGCGCUACCAGGCCUGGGGGCUCCUCACCCUCUGCCUGGAUGUUUUCACCCACAACCUGACCCCAGAAACUGGCCUGGACGUGCUGGCCUUUGCCGUGGCUUACGGGCUGGCCCAGGUGAGCCGCGCAGCGGAGGACUACGUCUUGGCCACCUUCCCUACCGUAGUGGCCACUCCAACCUUCCUGGAUCUUCCUGCCCACCUUCUGAUCCGCCUCCUCCGCUCUGAUGGUCUUAAUGUCCUCCAUGAACUGGAGGCUUUGGAAGCGGCAUCCCGGUGGCUGAAGGCCAAUGGAGAUGGCCAAGAGAACGUAACCAAGGAAGUUCUGUCAUCUGUUCGCUUUGCCCUCAUGUCCGGCCAGGAGCUGAAGAAGAUCCCAUCGGUCACCGCAGGGGUGGUGGACCCAGGGCUCCUCCGCCAGCUGGUGGUAGAGAGUUUGUCCCCCAUGGUCCAGCUGCCAUGCCGGGUGCGCUCCUUGCAAGAGGUGCUGGUGGUCUGUGGAGGAGACAAACUGACGCCGAACAUGGCUGCCCGGAAGCCCAGCAGGAACCUCUGGUUUGCUCACCGCUACCUCAACGCCGUGGGGCUGGUGAAGCACGUGGAGUGGAGGGCAUUGGGGAACUUUCCUGACGGUCCACGCUUUCGCCAUGCUGUGGCUGUGGUAGGCAACACCCUCUACGUCCUGGGUGGAAAGCGCUACUACGGGAUCCGUGACACCCUGGCCAGUGUCUACAGGUAUCAGCCCAUGGACAAUUCCUGGGAGCGCCUGGCCAGCAUGACCUGUGGGAGAAGUUACUUUGCUGCUGUGGCUCUUGAUGGCUCCAUCUAUGCCCUGGGGGGCAGCUCAGGUGAUCUGUACUGCACGGACACUGUGGAGUGUUAUAAUGUGGCCACUGACACCUGGAGGAGGUGCCAGUCCUUGCCAAUGGCUCUGUGUGGACACGCAGCGUGUGCCCUGGAUGGUGCCCUCUAUGUGUCAGGGGGGUGUGAUGAGGCGUACCAGUGCCAGACAGCCCUUCUGCGCUACAUCCCAGGUGCACCAGCCACGCUCCUGGCCCCUAUGAAUGGCCAGCGAGCUGGCCACAUCAUGGAGGAGGCGGGUGGGCAGCUCUAUGUGGCCGGGGGGCUGUGCCAGCGGGACGGGCAGGCUGGCUACAGGGACCAGCUGGCCUUUGAAGUCUACAGCCCCAAGCUAGAUAUCUGGGUCCUUCUCAGCCCUUUGCCCCACGCCCAUGUAGUGGGGGGUGCAGCUGUGCUGGGAGGGGAGCUUCUUGUGCUUGGAGGGUACAGCCAUGAAACGUACCGGGACACCCACUUGAUCCAUGCCUACCAGCCGGGCGCCCGGCGCUGGAUCACCCGGGGCACUUUGCCCCAUGCCUAUACCGACCUCCAGGUGUGUGUCCUCACUGUCCCCCCAGCACUACGUGGCCCCAGUUGCCUUGAGGACUCCUCGAGAUCACCUGAUGCCCUCCAUAACACUUAGGAGUCAUUCAAAGCUCUGUACUCCAUACUGGGCUCCCAGUGGGCACUUCUAUGGGGCAAAAUGUCCCCAGGCUCCUCCCCAGAACCCCAGGGAGUCCCCUGCACUGUGGGGCACAAAGACCACACUGCACACCACCACACUGUACCUCCAAGAAUGCUCACGAUGUUGCCCUGCCACCCCAAACCCUUCAGUGGGAGCUGAGGAUCUCCCAGUUCCCCCACACCCUUGUACUGAAUAAAAGUGGCUCCUGAA